CUGCUGCAGCGGCCGCGGUGGCGGAGGAGGCCGGAGGGGAGUCGGCGGCGCCGGCGCUGGGCUCGGCAGUGUCCUAGGCAGCAGCGGCCGCAGCAGCAGCAGUAGCAGCCUCCAGCCCUGGGUCCCGCGGCGCCGCUCACCCCGCCGCCGCCGCCUUCUCCACGGGCGCCGCCUGACCCCACGGGCGCGCAGCCCCGCCAGCGCCCUCAGUUGUCCUCAGACUCGCCCUCGGCCUUCCGCGCCAGCCGCAGCCCCAGCCGCAACGCCACCCGCAGCCUGAGUCCCGGCCGCCGGCGCAGCCCCAGCUCCCCGCGCCGCCGCCGCUGCUGCUCCUCGCGGCACGCUCCUCGCGCGGACACCCUGGAGGUGGAGAUGCUCUUGUCCAAAAUCAACUCGCUGGCCCACCUGCGCGCCGCGCCCUGCAACGACCUGCACGCUCCCAAGCUGGCGCCGGGCAAAGAGAAGGAGCCCCUGGAGUCGCAGUACCAGGUGGGUCCGCUGUUGGGCAGCGGCGGCUUCGGCUCCGUCUACUCCGGCAUCCGUGUGGCCGACAACUUGCCGGUGGCCAUCAAACACGUGGAGAAGGACCGGAUUUCCGACUGGGGAGAGCUGCCCAAUGGCACCCGAGUGCCUAUGGAAGUGGUCCUGCUGAAGAAGGUUAGCUCGGGUUUCUCCGGCGUCAUUCGACUUCUGGACUGGUUCGAGAGACCGGACAGUUUCGUGCUCAUCCUCGAGAGGCCGGACCCGGUGCAAGACCUCUUCGACUUUAUCACGGAACGGGGAGCCCUGCAAGAGGAGCUGGCGCGCAGCUUCUUCUGGCAGGUGCUGGAGGCCGUGCGGCAUUGCCACAACUGCGGGGUGCUGCACCGGGACAUCAAGGACGAGAACAUUCUCAUCGACCUGAACCGCGGCGAGCUCAAGCUCAUCGACUUCGGGUCCGGGGCGCUGCUCAAGGACACGGUCUACACGGACUUCGAUGGGACCCGAGUGUAUAGCCCUCCAGAGUGGAUCCGCUACCAUCGCUACCAUGGCAGGUCGGCAGCCGUCUGGUCCCUGGGGAUCCUGCUUUAUGAUAUGGUGUGUGGGGAUAUUCCCUUUGAGCACGAUGAAGAAAUUGUCAAAGGUCAAGUUUUCUUCAGGCAGAGAGUCUCUUCAGAAUGUCAGCAUCUCAUUAGAUGGUGCUUGGCCCUGAGACCAUCAGAUCGGCCAUCCUUCGAAGAAAUCCAGAACCAUCCAUGGAUGCAGGAUGUCCUUCUGCCGCAAGAAACCGCUGAGAUUCAUCUGCACAGCCUGUCACCAUCGCCCAGCAAAUAGUGGCCUUUCUGGCAGGUCUUCCCCUCCCUAGCAAGGUGCCGGGGAGGGGAUGCUUCUGUUUCCAGCUUCCAGCAGGACAUUGCUUCAUACAGGAACAACCAACAGCAACAGCUCAUUCCAGACUCCAGGUCCCUGGAGUCCACCUCCUGUGGGGAGAAGAGACUCUAGUACAGGCGUCCUGGGCCUCAACUCCUGUAGAUGCUCUCACCCAAGGUGUCCAGUGGUUUGCUGGGCUCCUCCGGAACACCUGGGUGGGGUGUGGGGGUGGGUCAGAACCCUGCCAUGAACUGUUCAUCAUCACUGAGUUCUGCCACCAUGGGUUGGGUAGGGGGACAUGUUGGGGUGUGGGGUAGGACUAGCACCAUGUUUUAAGUCCCUGUCACCUCUUCUGAGUGCCUUCUGUGGGGACUCCGGCUGUGCUGGGAGAAAUACUUGAACUUGCCUCUUUUACCUGCUGCUUCUCCAAAAAUCUGCCUGGGUUUGGUUCCUUUUUUCCUGCCCUGUUCCUCCCCUGCUUCCCCUUCCUGUGAAAGGUGCCAUGGAAGAGGCUACGGGGCCAAUCGCUGAGCCACCUGCCCUUUUUCUGCCUCCUUUAGUAAAACUCCCAAGUGAACUGGUCUUCCUUUUUGGUUUUUACUUCACUGUUUCAAAGCCAAGACCUCACACAUACAAUGCACAAACAAUGCAAAUCUACAGACAAGCUGUAAAUUAAAUGUGUGUACAGUCGGCAAGAUAGUCUGCAAAACGAUUGUAGUUUUUUGUUUUUUUUUUUAAUUGCCUUUAAGUUAUUUGACCUGUUGGUUUUCUUUCUUUCUUUGAAAGGUGUGCAGUCUGGCCUGGAAGUCGGUGUUAAUGUAUUUAUUUAUUUAUUUAUUUGGUUCCUUUCCUGCCCUGAGCUUCCACUGGCUAGGACCCCUAUUGGUUUUUUCCUCCACCUCCUCUGACUUGGGGACCUUUUAUAAAGGGAGGGCUGCAACGCUUGCUCUGUGUGUGGGGUGAUGGGACUCAGGCGGGACAGCUGCUGUAGCUCCCUGACUUCUGUGGGGCCCCUUGCCUAGUUACAGAAUGGGUCUGGGCUCUGUGGCUGGGGAGGGCGCUGUUGACGGUGUACAUAGGAUUGCCGCCCCUGACAGCGUGCCUUCCGGAUCCUCUCUGGGGGCUGUGCUUUGAGCAGCAUGUAGCCUGCUGGUUUUAUCUGAGUGAAAUACUGUACAGGGGAAUAAAAAGAGAUCUUAUUUUUUUUUUUUAUACUUGGCAUUUUUUGAAUAAAAACUUUUUGUCUUAA